CCGAUCUGGCAACACCGUUUUGCCAUUAACACAAAAAUCGCGGCGUCUGUCCAAUGGGAUUUUGAAAUAAAAACAAGCUAACAGCAUAGCGCGAUGAACGCAAACAAACGCAGAAGUUCGUUGCGCAAGGCGCCGACCAAAGAAGAUGAGACGACCACAACAUCCGCGAUCAAACAACAAAUCAAGCGACGCAUCAGUUUCAGUGGCAAAAAAUCCGUCAGGGAAUUUGUCAACACCAAGGAGACCAACAACUGGGACGACUCAUACGAGGUGUCGGAGAACCAUGCUGAGGACAGCUCGGGAUCGAAAUGCGCAGUAGGAUCAGCUUCAGUUGCAAAGGUUCCCGAAUCUGCCGACAAGGAGAACAUUCCCUUGCGCAGCAUUUGUGAGCGGGAGCGUGUCGACCUGUCCGUGAAUCUUCAGAACAGCGUUGAUUUCACGCUGUUGCCUUACGAAAUGAUGGACAAAUCCAGGAAGACCACCUCCUUCGCUGUAUCCUUUUGUGUGUCCUCCGAGGAGCGAAAACUGUUGCAAAGCAGUCUCAGCGACCGCCAUUUGGGGGACAAGACCAUGGAUCUGAUGUCUGGAUCUCUCGUUAACCGCAUUCAAAUCCCGGCUAGCGUUUGUGACGAAUCCUCCUUCAAAUUGCCACCCAAAGAGAGAGAGAAGGGGGCAUACACGCCAGCGGUCAAGGCUGUGAGUGACUCCUUCAUGGACAUCACGCCAUUGGGAUUUACUGAUCCUACUCCAGCCGCUCCUGCUUCUGCUGCUCCCGCUCCGGUUUCCGCUCCAGCUCUUGUUACAACUCUGUAUCCUCCAACUCAGCAAAGUUCAAUGGAGCUGGAAGACGACAGCAUUGUGAGGGAGAUGCGUGAGUUUACCAAAAACCAGACAAAAACACCGGCGCAGAAAUCGCUUUUCAUAGAUAUAGAGGAAACCAAGAAUAAAACACAUGGAGCAACUGGAGGUGUAUUACUCCCAUUAAAUGUUUCCAAUGACCGAGAUCGUUCGCCAUCAAACUCAUUUGAGAGCCUUAACAGCACCAUGAACUUUACGAGAGAUGAGUCCAUGCUGAUACCAUUCGACAUGAUUUCGGGGAAAAACAUAAGCAAAAAAAUCAACUUCCGUCAACUCAACGAAGACCUAGAGGCGGGUAAGAUCCAGAUUUUUCCAAAUGGGCCAAAAACGCCGACAACGGAUCGUAAGGACAAUAAAAAUAGAUUUUGGCGUGGCCUGGAACAGGAAAGAACAGAAGAUAGAAGUCCAAAGAAUGAUAUAAGGAGCAUAGUGCCACGAGGAACGUUAAAUUUCAGUGAGAACAUGACCUUGUCGCCGACGAAAACAAGUCCAGUUCGAAAGGACAACGAGCAACUGAAGGUGGUGGAUGAGAAGCAAAAGUAUCGACUGUCCCAGGCGGAUGAGAUGAUGCUUGACAAUACAAACUUCUUGGCUCAUGCCAGACUGGGCGACGAAACCCAGUCGAGAAAUACGUCAAAGAACUCGACGAGGAGGGAGACUACUUACGAAAACCCGGAAUUGAAUUUGGAAUAUCCUACGAUAAGCCAAGACUUUCAACCGAUUCCGAGUUCCAAGCCUCGUAAGACUGAUUUUAUAGCUGAAGAAAUGCAGAUGAGUCAGAUAGAUUAUUCUGCUAUUCCUGAAUUAAAAACUGUUCCCACACGACGCACCUUGCAUCUCAAUGAAUCCAUGGAUCAUGAAGCUACGAAGUCUACGUACGUGAGGAAGGAGAUUUCGGUUACAACGCAGGAGACUAUCUACGAAAAAUCCAGUAGCAACGAGCAGAACACCAAUCAAAAACACAUCGGUUGGGCCUUCACUAAAACCAAACGCAGGGAGACGCUCUUGAUGCAAGAAAGUAUGGAGGAGGACAUCAUAAGUCCUCUCAAGGAUUUACAUUUAAAGCCCAACGCGGCUCCCCGGGAAACAGGUCAAUCCGAAGUAGACCAUACACUUUAUUUAGCCGAAGCACUGAAAGAAACGUUCUUAAACCAAAGUAAAAUUUUACCUAUUAAAAAUGUUUCCCCUAGAAAUAACGAAUUCAAAGCGAGGAAAACCCUGCUUUUAGAGGAACCCAUGGAAGAGGAAAUGAGUAGUAAAGUCGUUCACAAUUCCAAAAGAAAAACUCUGCACUUAGCGGAACCUCUGAAUGAGGAGGAAUUCAUUUCAGACAAGCACAUACCAAUGAAAGAAUUUGAGCUUAAAAAAAACAAAUCCAAGGGUCGGCAAACUCUUCUGUUAGAAGAGCCUAUGGAAGAGGAAAUAUUUCUUAGUAACAAAAGAAACAAGGCAGGACCUCUGGAAUUCAGUCAACUAAACCAAGGCAAAAGUUUCGCAUCGAAAAAAAAUUCCAAUGCUAGGCAAACUCUCCUGGUCGAAGAACCAAUGGAGGAGGACUCCGAAUGUAACAGUAAAGAUCCACAAAUUUAUAAUAAUGCCAAACCUGGAGAGGACGACAUAAAUAAGAUAACCAAGUCCAGACAAACUCUUCUUAUGUCAGAACCCAUAGAGGAGGAUAUGUGUCUUCCACUGCUAAAGAAUAAGUCAACAGUGACACAAAAAACAAUAGAUAAAUUAUCUGAGCAGCAGCGAACGAAAUCGAGGCACACUCAAUUAUUCUCUGAGCCCAUUGAAGAAGAACAUAUUCAGGAGCACCUGGCAGCAGGAAGGGAAAAUGGUCCAGCUAGACAACAAAGAUUCAAGCCAAGGCAAACGCUCAUCAUGGCAGAACCCAUUGAAGAAGAUGUUGGAGAGCCGGGAGCUAAGUCACUUGCGAAAAUGGUGCACAGCAACACCACAGGUUCGUCAACUUCCAAAGGAAGACACACUCUUCUGAUGUCCGAACCAAUUGAAGAAGAAUUAACUAACGACCCGCUCAACGAAGAGAAAAAAAAGAAUACCAGCACCAAUGGGACCCUAAUGUCGAGACGGACCAUUCUGAUGGCGGAACCGAUAGAAGAAGAGAGUAAUACGUCUGUCGCUGACAAAAUCGGCCAAUCUCAUUAUAAAUCUAACCGUACGGGAUUUUUGAAAGAAUCCUCUGACGAAAUGGUAUUCGAAAACGCUCGCCAGCCAACCAAACCGCGUCAGACUCUGCUGAUGGCAGAGCCUAUACAGGAAGAUGUGUUCAAUCAGUCAAAGGAACAGCCGAAGCCACAUCCUGUUUCUAAAGGUAAGAUCACUCGGGAGCACUCAAGACGCCACACGCUGAUAAAUGCUGAACCCAUUGAAGAGGAUUUGGACUUACGUAAACCGCUGGAAAAUUCUAAGGAGUUAUCUUUAACUGCCAGAAUUAUUCAAUCAUUCGCGGAACCCAUUGAAAAUGCUAUAUUUUCUAUUACUGAUCAAAUAUCUAAACAUCCAUUUCCCGAGUCGGCUCAAACUCUUUCUAAGGCAGAGCGUUUACAAAAAUAUUCGGAACCCGCAAACAACCUCCACCAGAAGCCGAGAAACACCCUUAUCUCGCAUGAUUCUAUUCAGGCGGAUUUGAGAGCCGGAAAGGAAAACCCUUCAGUUGGACCUCUGAGAUCUAGAUGCAGACAGACCCUUACCAUGGCAGAGCCCAUCGAAGAAGAUAUGAGUAUCCACAGUGUGGCCGAGCAAAAUAACCCCAAUGAAUCACAUUUUGAAGCUAUAAAUGUACAACAGUCUGGUGGAUUGAGGAAUAUAUCUGCCAAAACAAGAAAAACCUCGCAUAUACCGGUGCCCAUUGAGGAGGAUUAUGUUCCAUACCCACAGCAUAAUGAAUCUAAAACGGUGAUCAAGGGCAGAACUACGCUGUUUUCGUCUGAGUCCAUGGCAGAUGUAUCCGCUCAACAUACUGGAAAUUCGAAAAUUAAAUCAAUGGGUUCAAAGGUAUCAGCGGAGCCCAUCACGGAGGAUUUGGCCUCCAAAAGGCCCCAGUUGUCACAAACCGUGGAGGUGACUUUACCCAGAGAGAGCCAGGUUCCUGUGGCUCCGUCAUCCAGAAGACAUACAGUACUGUUAUCAGAACCCAUGGAAGAGGAUGAGCGGAGUUUUGGUCAUAACUACCCCCCAAGUGAACGACAAAUUUCUAAAAAAUCAGAAAAACCAAAAGGAAAUAUCAAUUCACCCAACGAGUCUGUGCAAAAGGAAGAGAUGGGCACUUCUCCCAGUGCUAGGACCCAUCAAUCCAUGGCUAUGUCUGAAUCAAUGGACUUCCAAAGUCCGGCAUUCAGGUCGAGGGGUCCGGACUUCAACGCAAUGACUCCGGGAAUGUCGUUGACUGAAUUUAUGGAUCAGGAGGAGAUAUGCAAAACCCCGAUUCACAAGAGAGUGCUCAUGACUUCUCAUCGCAAAAAAUUGUCCAUGUACCAACCAGUUCCAAUAGACCUUGAGGGAGAUGCCUGCGGCUUUGGCACUCCGAAAAAUCCCUGUCAACUAAAGCGCCUACCCACGCAUCUCACGCCAAAUCUUCCAGAGUCCAAGAAGCGACACACGCAUUUGCUUACGAAUCGCAACAUUGAUACCGAAAUGGAGGACGAACAGGAUGGUGCUUGGGGAACGACGAACAUUCAGAUGAAUUCACGGACAAAUAAACUACGCAGGACCUUUACAGUAGAGCAGUUGGAUGCGUCGGUGCAGCCAGUUAGGGGCUAUAAUCCUGUUGUAACUGAAUUGGACAAACAGGGCGGUCUUGAUAUGCUAGUGCUGCCACGAAAAUCAGCAUAUGACAUGGAUCUGGAGGAGAAACCCAUAACUAUCUCCGAUGUGAACAAUUUCUUCCAGGAACAAAAGGAGGAGCAGCGCAAGUCUAGCGAAAGGGAGAGCGGCAGCUCCAACGAUAGAACCUUCAAGAGCUACGCCGCAACGAACUCAAAAUUCAUCAAUCUGACCGGGAACACCACAAUAUUUGCAGCCGCAGGAGUUUUGGGUGGGGAAGUUAAAGAGCAGCCCCACCAGUUAGACAACGAGCAGCUAAGUCUGGUUUCCACGCUGGCGGAGGAAACAGACGAUGAUGACGAGGAGGACGAGGAGCAAGAACAAGACAAGCAUCACUUAAAAUCUGAAAUCUGCGAAGGUCAGCUUAAUCCAAUGGUAAAAGCUGGCAGCGAAGGCUGCUGCAGAAAGUGUGCGAAUUGCAAUCAAACUUUAAGCGAGACGAGGCUUAGUAGCGAUUCAUUUAUCCUGCCACCCCAGAAAUUGUGGGACUUUUCAAGGCAACAGCAACGGCUGCGCAACAUAAGACAGAAACCGUCUUGGAAGGAUGUAAACCGUUACUGGGAGAUCGAGGAGGAGGCUCGGCUGUCCAGGAACCAGGACUCUGACGAUUCAAUGGAGCAGACCAGGGUGGAGGAGGAGCCAACCAAGUGGAACAAAGCGGCGCUUCUAGAAAUGUGCAAGAUACAAACUGGUCAACAUAAGGCCAUAGCCAAACCCCCGGAAUCUUUCUUUACACGACUCAAACGUUUGCUGGUCGAACAGCAGCCCAACUGGAUAUUCGACUACCAACGUAAAGUGUCCCAGCAAUUGAUAUUUUACCACCAACAGCUGACCACGUUCCGAAUCGUGGUAAACUACCAAAUUGAAGACUUGGUGGAUGAGUCGACCAUUAGCGUGUGUUCCAUUGAAUUAGACAAUGAGGUGCCCACUCCAAAGGAACAAUGGUCAUCGCGUGAACACUUUUUAAACUUCCACUUAAGUCUCAGGCUGCCCCUGAAUCCUGCUGACGAGAUCGAUGGCAGUGAUGAGACAGCUUUUUUAAAAUUUCUCAGCGGCAUUGAUCGGACAAUUGCAAAGGUCAAGCAACAGUUUCACAAUGUUUUAGCCCUUCUAGCACAGAAAAGGGCGAUGCUUUUAAGAGAAGCAAAUCGAACUAUUGUCAGAAAGAUAGUACGAAAAUGCAUCGAGCAGGAACCCGUUGUGCGUCUCGAGAAGAUCAGUUUCCUUAUUGAAAUUGGCAAUAUUGAAGACAUUUCCUUCACGGACAUCCUACGCCCCGAACUGCAUCUCUUCAAUGAAAACAUUCAGUAUCUGCCCAAGGGAAUACCUUUUCUGGAAGCCUUUCUUACCGAUCCCGAGCAGUACCUUAGGAAAUAA